GUAUUUUUCUAGUAUUCCAAAAUCCAAAUAUUUGGCCAUCUGAGAUCUCAUUUUCCAAGAUUUCAUCUUUAAAUCUCAGCCCUCCAUUUCACCACCUUAACCUCUAUAUAUACUAUACCCUCCCAUUUUCUUGAUUCUCAUUAUUCCACACAUUUAUAAAACCUCUUUAUAUCUAUAUAUAUAUACAUAUACAUACAACUCUCCCAUCAAAGUUGCAUUUAAUUCAAAACUAUAAACAAAAACAAAUUCUCAUCUUCUUCAAAUCAUGGGAUCCUUACAAAUCAUGUCCAAGGAUGCUCGAAAGUCGAAGGGAGAACAAGAAGAAUGCACUGGAGAUGGGAGCGUUGAUUUCCACGGUCGUCCUGCGAUUCGACAACAAACCGGAAAAUGGGGAGCUGGAACAAUCAUACUCUUAAAUCAAGGUCUAGCUACUCUAGCAUUUUUCGGAGUCGGAAUAAACUUGGUGUUGUUCCUAACAAGGGUCCUACAACAAGACAACGCCGAAGCUGCAAACAGUGUCAGCAAAUGGACUGGAACGGUCUAUAUAUUCUCUCUAGUCGGCGCUUUCCUUAGCGAUUCCUAUUGGGGAAGAUACAAAACUUGCGCCAUCUUUCAAGCCAUCUUCGUCGUUGGUCUUGUACUGCUAUCACUAGCAACGCAGAUAUUCUUGCUUACACCUAAAGGCUGUGGAGACGAAACGACACCAUGCAAACCACAUUCCAGCUGGGUGAUUGGAUUAUUCUAUGUAUCUAUAUAUAUGGUUGCUUUAGGAAACGGAGGGUAUCAGCCUAACAUAGCUACAUUUGGUGCUGACCAAUUCGACGAAGAGGAUUCCAAGGAGAGCCAUUCCAAAGUUUCCUUCUUCAGCUAUUUCUACUUGGCUUUGAAUCUCGGUUCGCUCUUUUCCAAUACUAUAUUAGGGUAUUUCGAAGACGAAGGAAUGUGGGCACUUGGGUUCUGGGCAUCUACCGCCUCGGCGUUUUUAGCACUCGUCCUAUUUUUGGGGGGUACCAAACAGUACAGGCACUUUAAGCCCUCCGGUAAUCCACUUUCAAGAAUUUCUCAGGUGAUAGUUUCAGCAUCGAAGAAGUGCAGAGUACAUAUUCCGCCCGGUGAGGAGGAUAGUUUGUACGAUGAAGACCGAUGCAUCGACAAAUCAAACGCCGGUGCUAGAAAAAUGCUCCACACACACGGGUUCAAGUUUUUGGACAGAGCAGCGUACCUUACUACACAGGAUAUGGAGCAGCUGAAGCAAAACGAGUACAACCCAUGGCGCCUGUGUCCAGUCUCCCAAGUCGAAGAGGUCAAAUGCAUAGCGAGGCUACUCCCCAUUUGGCUCUGCACCAUAAUCUACUCGGUCGUCUUCACUCAAAUGGCGUCGCUCUUUGUCGAGCAAGGCGAUGCAAUGAACACCAAGAUUUCAAACUUCCGGAUACCUGCGGCAAGCAUGUCAAGCUUCGACAUAAUCAGCGUAGCCUUUUUCAUAUUCCUAUUCCGAAGGGUACUCGACCCCUUAGUGCGUAGAGUCCGAGGCAAAGGGCUUACCGAGCUUCAAAGAAUGGGGAUCGGUCUGGUAAUAGCAAUUAUAGCCAUGAUUUCAGCUGGAAUAGUGGAGUGCUACAGGCUUAAGUACGCACAGAAGGACUGCAAACACUGCCAAGGCUCGAGUUCGCUGAGCAUAUUCUGGCAAGUACCGCAGUACGCUCUGAUAGGUGCAUCCGAGGUUUUCAUGUACGUGGGCCAGUUGGAGUUUUUCAAUGCACAAGCACCUGAUGGACUUAAGAGCUUCGGGAGUGCACUUUGUAUGACCUCGAUUUCUUUGGGGAACUACGUUAGUAGCUUGCUUGUGUCGAUUGUUAUGAAAAUAUCGACGGUGGAUAAUAUGCCAGGGUGGAUACCGGGGAAUCUUAACAAGGGUCAUUUGGACAGAUUCUAUUUUCUGCUGGCGGGGUUGACGGCUAUCGACUUGGUCAUCUAUAUUGCGUGCGCUACGUGGUAUAAAAGUAUGAAGCUUGGAGAGAAGGGUGGAGAAAAUAACAAGGACCAGGACUAUGGAGUGUAGUGAUUGUUAUUAUGUACCGAAAAAGGAAUUAAUAAGAUGAUGUUUGGAUCGACUUUUAAGUGUUUGUAGAGAGAGUUUUUAUGUCUGGAGAGGUCAUGGUUUAAGACAGGAAUUUCUUGUCCAGGAAUGCUGAAUGCUAUUUCAGUCAAAAUCUUAACUUCAGAAAUGUUUGCCUAACUGAAGUUAGUUGAACAUCUAAACAAGGGGGGAUAGCUUUCACUGGAAGGACUUUCUUGACUUCUUUCCACCUGACUUUAUUGGUUUCAUUGUACUAAUGGGAGAUUUUAUGUAAGAAAACUAAUAUUUUCAUCCAUAUUUAUCUAUAUCUAUAUC